AUGGCCACGCCCUUUUCGUCCGCCGCCAUUACUGCACCUCUUAUCACUGUACUCUAUCACUGUACCUUUAUCGCUGUACCUCUUAUCACUGUACCUCUUAUCACUGCACCUCUUAUCACUGUACCUCUUAUCACUGUAUUCUUAUCACUGUACCUCUUAUCACUGCAUUCUUAUCACUGUACUCUUUCACUGCAUCCCUAUCACUGUACCUAUCACUGUACUUUAUCACUGUAUUCUUAUCACUGUACCUUCUUAUCACUGUACCUUAUCACUGCACUUUAUCACUGUAAUUUAUCACUGCACCUCUUAUCACUGCACCCUAAUCACUGUACUUAUCACUGUACCUCUUAUCACUGUACCUCUUAUCACUGUACCUUUAUCACUGUACCUCUAUCACCGUACCUCUUGGUACCGCACCUUGGUACCGUACCUCUUGUUACCGCAUUUUUUGUACCGUACCUUUUGGUACGCCUAUGGUACCGUACUUUAAAUAUUGCUUUUAUUCAGUAUUUUCAUCACCGUACCUUCUGGUACCGUAAUCGUGGCCUUUUGGUACCGUAUGAAAUGCACCUCUUGUUACCGCACUCUUAG